CUGUCCGGAGUCCGGACUCAAGACUCGACAAUCGAUGGCAGCGACGAUAGAAAACGGUCAGCAAGAAAUCGAAGCGAAUCCGUCACUAAAACUCGCUGUAGCAGUGGCUCUUAUCAGAUCGAAGCUACUCCCGAAGCCUUCCGCUUCAUCUUCUUCUCCGUCUGAAUCCGAAGCUCAACGAUGGAGGCGAAAGGCGAAGGAAAGGAAAUUAGAGCUUCUAAGGCUCAAAGAAGAACUCAAAGAACUUGAAGAUGGAAGACAAUAUGACCUGUUCCCGCAGAGUGCUUCCUGUAGGUGCUAUUUUUAUGAUAACUUGGGGAAACUAAAUCCUAAGCGGGUGCAUUGGGGAAAUGAGAGUGAUUGCCGAGUCAAUGAAGUUUUGAGGCGGAGAUUUCUGAGACGAGUACGUUUGAAGGAAAUGAGGAGAAGGCCAGAUAAUUCUAUUCGGAAGCAAAGCACUUUUGAGCUAAAUAGAGAAGAUGAGGUAGAGAACCUGGGCACCUCAAUUGAUUUUCUGGUGGAGCUCUGCGACACUGUGUCUCCUGUGGAAGACACUACUUUUGCUAAUUUGUCACAUCAGGCUGUGGACUUUAUUUUAGCUACAUUGAAGAGUUUGUUGUCCAACGAAAAGUAUAGAGAGCACAUUGAAGGGAUUAUCAGUGGCUUGAUUACACGAUUGGUCAGACGAAUGUGCCCGUCCUUGCAGAGAGACGGAUCAUCUAAUCCCGAUUCGGAUGGUCAAUUCUAUGUUCAGCACUUAAUUCGUAAGCUUGGAAACGAGCAGUAUAUAGGCCAAAGAACAAUGCUCUUGGUUUCUCAGAGGAUUUCUUUACUUGCGGAGAGCUUGCUUUUCAUAGACCCAUUCGAUGAUGCAUUCUCUAAUAUGCAUAGCUGCAUGUUUAUGAUGAUUCAACUUAUUGAAUUUCUUAUAUCAGACUAUACACAAGCCUGGGCAACUUGUGAAGAUUUUGAGAACAAGCUGUUUGAAGAGUGGCUGAAAUCUUUUAUUCAAGCUCGAAAGGCACUAGAGCCAUUGGAGAGCAGGAAUGGGCUCUACCUGCUAUACAUGGACCGUGUAUCAGGGGAAUUGGUUAAACAGGUGGGGCAGGUUCCUUUACUGAAUACACUUGAUCCAGAUAUCCUUGAUAAUUUGGUUAACUAAAGUCUUCCUGAAAUUCUUAAGCAAAGUCUGUUGUGACUAACACUUCUCUAUCAACUCUUAAAGCAAGCAAGCUAACAUUCGGUAGCGGUGGGCAGUUUCUGUUUCCCCUUAACCAGAAGAUCUGGAUUUCAUCAAAUUAAUAUAAAUUCAAAGUUUGAUAAUAGU